AUGUCUCUACGCACUUCCUUCAUGCGAACAAGCCGCUUCGCCUCCACACGCCCUCUGAGCACUACCUCGCGCCUGCAAAAGGAUGCUCCUCCGCCACCAAACAUCCCUCCUGGUGCACAACAAAAGGGUCGCACACAUUCCCCAAAUGUCGACAAGCAAUCUUCUGCCUCCACCCACACUUCUGCCGAGAGCAAGUCCGGCGAUGACCACCCCGCGAAGCAGCCCGAUCCUCAGCAGGCCAGCGACAGAAGCACUGGGUUCCACGAAGUCAAAGAGGUCAAGGGUGGAAAGGAGGGUCUUGGAGCCAGGAGCGACAAGUAG